AUGACGACGAUGCUGGCGUUGAUGAGCUGUCAAGUACUGAGAGGCAGUGUCAAAAACGCAACAAACACAAAUGCAACAAACACGAACCCAACAAACACGAACGCAACAAACCCAACAAACACGAACGCAACAAACACAACAGACACGAACGCAACGAACCCAAAAUACGCAAACCUAAUAUACGCAAACCUAACAUACGCAAACCUAACAUACGCAAACCUAACAUACGCAAACCUAACAUACGCAAACCUAACAUACGCAAACCUAACAUACGCAAACCUAACAUACGCCGAUUAUGAAGAGGAAGAAGGUUUAGCGAACAGUGGCAACGCCACUGAAGAAGCACAAAACUUCACGACGCCAGAACCAAUCAUAACUGGCAACUUCAACUGCAGCGACGAUUGGGAGCGCGCCAGAUGCUACAUGGGCAACGGCUACUGUGACGGCGACACGUGCAAGUGCCAUGGAGACAGCGUCCUAACAUUGAUACAGCGCAGUAACUACAGCUACCCUUACUGCACGCGUAUGAAGCACAUUCUUGAGUCUUUCCACGUUUGGUUUUGUUAA